AUGACAAAACUCAUCCUUUUCAUCUCACUAUUCGCCGCCAUUGUCAUCUUUCUAGUUUACCUAUACGCACCUGUGGAAGUUCAACUUGCACUAUUCAUUAGUACGAUUGGUACUUUUAUAAUUGAGAUUGUGAAAUCGCCAAGAAAUAUGGAUAUUAGGAAAGUUUGCUCUACCAUUUAUGCUUCCAAAAAUGCAAACUCGACUAAUGAGAUUCAAAAUUGUGGAUCUUCAAGAGAACUCAUACACGCUCGAAGGAGUGACGAAACGAAUGGUACUUCAUUGGAGAAUCAUUCAAUUAAAAAUUUUAUGGAAUGUACGAUCAGUCCUCGGUACAUGCAAUAUAGAGAACAAUGUUGGUUUGAUAAUGUAACUAAAUUCCCUGAUCACCAUACACCACCCUCCCCUCAACAAAAAGAAUCGACAUGUGAAUAUACCAUUUUCCGGAACCUACCUGUAGAGGAUGAAAGUCACACCGAAGCCAAUGGGAUACAACGACGAAAUGCAAUGAAGGUCAGAAUACCCUCUGACAUCUUCGACCAGCCAACUGCCGCAGUAGCUACACCCGGUGGCGAUUGGAUACAUGUACCAGUGCAUUUCAACCAGGAAAGCGAGGAUAAGUUUUUACAGGACCUCAAAAAAGGCUUACCUGAAGAAGAAACUGGUUACAAGACCUAUGUGCAUUAUCUUAAGUCGGAAACUCCUCUUCGUUCCUCUACGGGUCAAUCAAGUGCGAGUUGGAGUUACAUGGUAGACAUCUCCAGGCAGACUACCUUGGUUGGUUCCCCUACUUCUCCUAGUCGAUUCGUGACUUCGCCGCGUUCUUAUACGCCCCAUGCCAAAAGGUCGUUGAGUUUACCACUUUCUGUCAGACAGAAGUCCAAUGAACGUGAGAUGAGGGAUGAUGAAGAUGCAUUGGAAUUGUCUCGAAGGCUGACAAGGGUGAACGAUGAUGUUCGGGCUGAGAAAGAGGAACAGAAGUUGAAAGGUGUGAGAGAGACAAGUAGGUUGAAGAGGGACAUGGAGAUACUUAGAGGUGGGAAACCCGAAUACUGGAGACGCUGGUGUGCACCAGUGCAUCCUCAGCUUUUAGCUGAGCUUAAUCAUUUCGAGAGGACUCAGAAGCUUAAUGCUACGAUGUCGGAAUCUCUUCAAAAGCACACACGGGUAAGCAUUGGUGACUGGGAUCCUAGAGAAGUUUCGACCAUGUGGAAGCUAGGAAUGGAUAGAGGAGAGUUCUUGGACAUGAUACGAGAAUGUGAAGAGGAGAAUGAGAAGGUUAGAAUGGAUAGAGAACAAGAUAAAAAACGUUCAUUCUCAGCUAAUAUAAUAGGACAUUACAAGAAGGAAAAGGAAAAUAUAAAAAAGUUCAAAAAGCAGUUCUAUGGUAAUGCACCUGCAUCAGUUCAACAAGGACGUGGACGUACCUUAUCAUACUUUAUCAACAAAUUCUCAAAUGAUAAUUAA